AUGUUAAGUGACGACACGGUCAAGGAUGUAGUGGCAAAUGCUGAUGUAUUGCCAAAAACUGUACUAUUAAAUGAUGGAAACAGGAUACCAAUAGUUUCAUUUGGUACUUUAGGAAAAACAAGGGACUUACAUUUGAUAAAACCUGCCGUGAUACAAGCGAUUGAAUCAGGAUAUAGACACAUUGAUACAGCCGCAACUUACAAAAACGAAGAGCAAGUCGGUGAAGCGAUUGCUGAUGUAAUUAGUCGUAGAAUAGUAACGAGAGAAGAGUUAUGGAUUACUACGAAGCUGAACUUAGAUGUCGGAAAUAGAGAAGGAGUACUUCCAGCACUUAAAGAUUCUUUGAAUAAAUUGAAAUUAGAUUAUGUAGACUUGUAUCUGAUACACUCGCCUGAAAACCUGGCGUCAAUUCAAGAAUAUGAUUAUUUAAAUGUAUGGAAAGGCAUGGAGGAUGUGAAGAAAUUAAAUUUAACAAGAUCCAUCGGCGUAUCCAAUUUCAAUAGCUCCAACAUAAACAGAAUUCUGGCCAACUCUGAAAUAGUGCCAUCCGUUAAUGAAGUUGAGGUAAAUCCUACUUACACAGAUAUAGAUCUUGUAGCUUAUUGUCAAAGUCUUAGCAUAGCAGUUUUAUCUUAUGCUCCAUUUGGAUUCAUGGUGCCUAGACCAAUCACAUAUAAUGUAACAUCUACAUUCAAAGAGCCGGUAUUAGUGAGAACCGCUCAAAAAUAUGGAAAAACUACCAGUCAAGUUGUUCUGCGAUACUUGAUUGACCGUAAAACAAUACCGAUUCCAAGAUCUACAAACAUUGGACGAAUUAAGUCAAAUAUUGAUUUAUUUGAUUUCUGUCUUACUUCAGAAGAAAUAUCCUUGAUCAAUGAACUCAAUGAAGACGUUAAAGUUUAUAACUUUGACGACGAAUCACUUGCUAUAUUAUUUGAUUAUUAUGGCUUAUAGAAAUAUUUUUAUUAAUGUGAAAUUUAUUAUGACAAUUUAUUCAUAGAAAUAAUUAUUUUGU